UUUUUACAAAUGUUUUGGUUCAUUGAAUGUCGAAAAAGGGGGGGAAAGAUUAGGUUAACUAAUGAACUGUUUAGUUUAGUCAGUUUUGUUUCCAGUUUUUACAUUCUCGUAUUAUUGUACGGUGGAAAAUGGAAGAAAAUCCGUCAAAUAUUUGGUGGGUGGCAUAAAGAGGAAGUUUGGGAGCAAGAAACUCGCGCGCGUGGUUCUUUGUGUGUGAUGUUUUGUUGAGCGGGGCGGUCUCUGCGCCUGCGGGCGGACUGACUUUUCACGUGCUUCUUCUCAAAGUCCCGCACGAAACCACCCGAAAAAAAAAUAUUCUCUGGUUAAAAUGCAAACCAGGAAAAGAAAAAAAAAGAGGGCUCACGAACAACGGAUUUUUACUCUUUUUUGUUUUCUUUUUUAAAAUAAUUUUUCGAGAGAGAGCUCUGCGAUUGGCCAGCACGGACACGUCACCUGAACGCCAACAGCGCCUCUGUUGGUAGUGGCCUUCUCAAACACCAGCACUCUUUUUUGUUUUUAAUCUGUAUUGCAAAAUCGGAAACUUGGCCUUUGCUAAGAAAACGAUUUGACUGCACGCGUUUUUCUUGAAAGGAAAGCAUUUCUAUGGCUGUAAACGUGUUGGCGUACGUUACCCGAGCUUACGGGAUUGCAGGGUCACUUGCCAAGAUGGCCAUGAAAAAAUCGGAUCUUAAUGGACAAAGGAAACGUGAAAUUUUUAGCAGAUAUCACAUCCGUCACUGUAUUCGUCAUGUCAAUGAAAAUGAGCAAAAAAAAAAAGGGUUCGAUUAGCCUAAUUGAAUUCCCUCAAAAUCGGUCGGAUCGAGAGUUCUUCGACAUUGUUUGUAACAAAGGCCUUGAGAAAUCGAUAGAAAGAUGGCGCUGGAGUCGCUAGACGACAGGGAGAAGGGAAGGGGAUAUUUUCCCGUGUUCCCAUUGGAGAGAAAGGCAACGAGAGGGGGUGCGGGUGUGUGUGUGUUGUAUCUGAGCAGAACGUCAACAGUCGGAGCUGGUACGAUCUAGAGGAAGGAGCUCGUUGCGAUCCAUUUUCUUCUUCUUCAUUUUCUAGACAAAAAAAAAAAAACGUUAAUUUCUCCUCUGAAAAUUCGUCGUAAUCAAAUUUUAAAGAAAAGGCAGAAAACUCUAUUCUUUUUUCUCGCCUUUGUAUAUUCUCGUUUCCAACUUUUGUUCGGAAACAAGAGCUUUGGAGCUCUGCACGUGCCUGCCUACGUGUGUUCAGUGUGUGUGUGUAUGUGUGUGUAUAAGUGAGUGUGUGUGUGUGAAAAAUCCUGCUGAAUCGGUCCUCACACGCAGCUCCCGAGUUGGCUCGGUCUCACAUCCUGUCCACCAACCAACCAGCCAUAUUGAAGAUAAAAAAACUCAAGCGAAAGCUUUAUGCUUGAUUUAGCUACGUCUCUGGCCUGUGUUUCUUUGUUUUCUUCUAUCGAUUUGGCAAGAGGUUUCUCUCUACCUCUCGGUGUACUAUACACCCACCUCCCAUUACACACACACGCCGAAUUUCAUUUGUUAUUUUGUUCGUGGUGUUGUGUGUGUUCGCCGUCAUGAGCAUCGACGCGCUACUUCAGGCAGCCGAGUACCUGGAACGAAGGGAAAGAGAAGCUGAGCAUGGCUACGCGUCGUCAUUGCCAAUGCCCAUUGAAGAUUAUGGUAGUAGUCCGACCCCGUCCGGUUCUUCUUCGUCUUCCGCGACAACUUCUUCUACGACUCGACCUAUCAAAAUCAAGAAAAACCAAGGGAGCCGGUCGACACACAACGAGUUGGAGAAGAACAGGCGUGCUCAACUGAGAACUUGUUUGGAGAAACUUAAAGAUUUGGUCCCGUUAGGGCCGGAAUCGGCCCGUCACACUACGCUGGGAUUACUGACACGCGCGAAACAUUUUAUUAAGACGUUGGAAGAGCGAGACAGACGCCACCUGCAGCACAAGGAGCAGCUGAACCGAGAGCAGCGCUUUUUGCGAAGGAAGAUGGAGCAGCUGUCCCAGCAAUUUGAACAGUUGUCAUCAUCCAGCCCAGGCGCCUCCAGCCAGAUGAAUAAACGACGGGGAAACUCCCUUUCUGAAUGCUCCAUCUCGACGACGAUUUCCUCGGCUUCGUCGUUGACCUCAUCCGUCUCGUCCGAAACCGAUGAAGUCGACGUGAUUGGUUACGGAAGUCACGGUAGCGAUUUGGACGAUCAAUUGAGCGUUCAAUCAGCCUCAAGCGAUUCGGGCAUUGGCCUGGGCAACGUUGCCAGUAUCGGACAUUUUCCUCAUCUCUCCAUCACGGACAGUGUUUAAAAGGACUACAGCAACAAAGAGAAAACGUAACUAAAAAGAAACGGCAAAAAAAAAACUACAUUUUCAAAUCAUCGCCUUCUCUCUCUCUCUAUCUCUCUCUCUUUCGCUUGUAUACGCCACAUACAGCUACCAACGUCCACCACCUCCAGCCCUGAAAUUACUGCCAUUUUCUGUUCAAGUAUGCAGGAGAGUGAUGAAAAUGAGGGGGGGGGGUGAUUGAGAGAUUUAAGAAGAAAAAAUAGGAAGUGUUGUUCAGUCUCACACGCAGCAACAACAACAACAAAAGGAACAACACUGACUGCCGUGUCAAUUUUUUUUUAAGUUUUGUUUUGGUUUCAAAUGAUUAUCCCUCCCUUAUUUUUGUUUUUCUUGAGAUUUUCUUUUUUUUUUUUGUGGCUGACUGUGGAAAACAGGAAAUGGAUAGUGUGUCAUUUGGAGGAGACGGAAAUGAUUGCGAUAUUGGACUUUGGGUUGGGUAUACUUUUUUCUUAGGGGGAGGAUUCGGGGUAGCCACGCCAUCAGAAAUUAAAAAGCAGAUCCGCCGUUUGAUUUUGUCAAGAAAGAAAACCUGCCCGAAACGAUGAUUUUUUUUUUAUUAUUAUUAUUUUGUCUUUGCGAAUGUGUGUGCGUGUGUGUGUGCGUGAUGGGGGGGGUUGACGAAUGCGCAAACCUUAAAGAAAUCGGACACGAGUUGUAGCGAUCUCGCUGUAAAGAAAUCCUGAGCAGUAUUUUUUUUUUCUUCUUCGCCUAUUAAAUUAAUUUAUUUUUUAUUUUUUAUCAAAUUUCCCAAAGAUUUUAUUUGAUUUUUUCCGUUUUCGAAUUGAAAAUUGUUCAGGGCAGCCACACCAUUUUACAAAUGAGUUUGUUUAUAUAUUUUUUAAGGUUAUUUUUAAGAAUAUAUCGUAAUCAGAGAGGUUACGCUAUUACAAAGUACAAGUCAGUACCAACACAAGUCGCUCCCCCUCCUCCCAAAAUGUCUUUUUUCCCAAGUAAAUCCCACCUUAACUUGUCAACUAUUUUUCAUUUGUGUUUUCUUCCCGUCCUCCCAUCCCCAGAAACGUCCAUCUCUUUCCUUCAGUGGGGAAUGGGGUUUUAAUUGGGACGGUAAAAACAAAACAUUUUGCUUUGUUUUGAAUCAGCAAAAUUUAUGAGAUUGGUACAAACUCGUGAUGUUCGAAACUGGUGAACGAUAGAAACAGAUUUCCUCUUUUUUUUUGUUUUUUCUUAUUUGUUGACAUUUUUCUUUCUGAAAUUUAGUUUUUCGUCUGAUGGUAAAAAACCAGGAAAAAAAAAUUUAAUUUUUUUAGACUUCAAUUUAAACACGAAAAUUGUGUUGUGGGAAAUUAAGACGAUUUAAUGUUGGUAUUAUUAUUGAAAAAGAAAUAAGAUUCUUCCAGUUUAAAGGCGUUAAAAAAAAAAUUGUCGAUAACAAACAAAAGCGGAAUGUGUUCCGAAUCCUAAAUUAACCUGAUUUUCAUUCUUCCUUUCUUCCUCUCCUCCCCACCCCUAAAUUUGUUCUUUUUUCUUUCAAGUUUAUAAAGUUCAACUUGAUUAAGAAAAUGAGAGGAAGAACGUAACAAAUGGACAAAGCCAGUGAAUAAGUGGAGACGCUACAAGUUGACAGAGAAAAACAAAUUAGAAAUUUUAGUGGAAAAAACAAAACAAAAUUAACGUGUAGUUAACGAGCGCCCUUAAACCUCGUUCAAAUGUGUACAGAAUGUGUUUUCAAUUCGAUGGACAUUUAGGAUUACUCUCCCUUUUUUUGUUCACCUUUUUUCGUUUUUCGUUAUUGACUCCCGAGAUCCAAUGUGGGAAUUGCGUGAAAGAUGGUGGGGGAAUUUUAUAGUAUCAACUUAUUCAAUUACCGAAGCCGUUUUGUAUUCGAUUUCUGAUGUAGACAUUUUUAGAAAGCAAAAGCUGAUGUGAAAAAUCCCUUUUUUUUUUUUUUCAUCGUUCACACUUCGCUAUUUCCUCCUUGUUUAUAAUCCAGCAAAAGGCUAACAAUUCUUCAACUUGAAUCUGAAAUCCAACUAAACGAUAAAAAACAAGUAAUUCCUUACCCACACUUUCAUCUUUAAUGGCUUUCUCGCACCUUUUCCAUUCGAUCAACAUUUUUUCAUCGCCAACCCGCAGCAAUAGCGAAAAAUAUGUACAUUUUAACAUUUUUGUUUAUAUUAUUAUUAAUUUCCCGGAGAAAUGAAAUCAUUUGAUCAAAUUACAAAAUGAAGGGCAAAACGAGGCACACACACACACACACACGAAAAAAAAAAAUACAAUUUGUUGUGGUUUGGAAAAGAAACAUUUUAAUUGGGAGAAAAUGUCAUCGCAGCGUAUUUUGAUGAUGAAUGUGUCUUGUUUGUUUACGUGUUUAGGGCUGUGAGCCUUUUAUCUGUGUACGUGCCGAGUGUGUGUGUGUGUGUGUGUGUGUGUGUGUGUGUGUGUAUAUCAAAUAUGGGAGGGAGAUAUAUAGAUCAAGGAUGGGGGGAACAAAUCAAUUUAAAUUAAUAUAUUUUUCAUUGUGUGUUUUUUUUUUUGUCGAUGACAAAUGGAAGAAAAAUUAACAAAAAAGUCGUCUUGUCACACUACUCAUCUCAAAGAAAAAGAAACAAAAAUUGUGGAGACCUUUUGUUGGGGUUAUUUUUCACCAUUUUUUUGGCUCUUUAAUUUAAUCCACACAUUGAGUUCAAAAAAAAAAUACCAACAAAAGGUGAAAUAAUAAUUAAUAAUAACAAUAAUGGAUAUACGUGUAAAAUUCCUUAAAAUUUCUUUAUAUUAUGUCUGUCCGUGUAUCAUCCCCUCCCAUCAUAUUUUUCUUGUUUUUGUUUGCCUUUUUUUUUUUGAAAUCUCUCAAUACAUUUAUGGUCCCAUGUU